UGGGCGCUUGCUCGCCUGGUCGCCGAUGAUGAGGACUCGACUUCACAUUCCUGCAGACGAGACGAGUGGAGCUUCGGUCUCUUGGCUGCCAUUGCUGUUGGAAUCAUCUAACCUAACUCUGGCGUGUGGACCUGUUGAUGCUCGUGUGCACCCCCGUCAGGUCCCAUUUGAGCCGGCUCCUUUCUGGGUUUGCAAUCACGGAUCUGAUAAUUUUCUAAUGACAGCAGAGGUCCACCUCGCCUACAUCUUCCAGGAGAAGGUCGGGAGAGCCGGCCAGCUUUUCCACAAUAUUACUGGAUUUCUGGGGAUGGCGCUUUACGUAUUCUCCUAUAUUCGUGAAGAGAAGGAUGUUGAGGACGAUGACAUCUGAACAGUUGUGAUUGCACAUGUAAAUCACAAUGGACGCUGACCGAAGCGUACCUAGAAGACUGGUAUAUACUAGGGGAUCAUGGAAGUCUUAAUUAUCAUGGCAGAUUGAUACAGACCGUUUGGCAUUGAAUUAUUCCUCGUUUCCCUAGAACCUGGUGUACGUUUGCAUGUUUGUGGACUUCUGGUAGAUUGUAAGUAUAAUGCUACAUGGUUUCUACCCUCUGCUCUCUGCAAAUCUUUGGAGUUGGCCAGUAGGAGGGAGUGUGAUAAUUGCAAGAUAGGCAAACCUUGUAUGUACAGAUAUUUUUGAUAGUUUCAUGGGGUCAUUAGCGAAAACAUCAAGCACUCCAUUGCGGAUGACACACCCCUUGGAGAUUCUAUUUAAGGCACCACUUUUUGUCGGGACAGAGCUCAUUCCUUCUAAUUUGCCACUUUUCG